GUAAACCAGCCAUAAAAGCUGCUUUCCUUCUCUUCAGCAAUCGCAAUUCCUGCGCAGGGUCUUAAUACAAAACACCUAAAACCAAGUCAUUCAAUUCUCAAUUACAAAACUAAUUACACUCAUCAUCUCAACAUGACGUCCACAUCCCUAGACCUGACUCUUCCAGAAGCCGCGCCCGAACUCACCACAUACGGAAAAUACCACUGGGGCGACGCUGUUUUCUACCUUUAUAACCUUAUUCCCGGAGUCAACUUAACUGAGGUUGCCGCCGGCCUGCAAGAAGAGUGGUUCGAGGAAGACAAUGAAACACCUAUAAUCAAAAUCGCACAACCCGAGGCUGAUUUCGCGGGUAAGACGCUCAGCGAUGUGGUCGCUGCUCAUGUCGCUACGGAUAAGGGAGUCAAACCCCAUAAAGGGAAAGGUCGCGGCUCAAAAGGAGACAUAUCUGUCUAUCCGAAGGCGUUUGUCGUAGUGACAAAGAAAGACUGGAAGGAAGACGGCGGGUUGCUAUGGGUCUACGUGAUGGAUGGCAAGAAAGGAAACGGGGGAAAGUUGGACAAGUACUUCUUCAAAUUCGAAGAUGCGUAUCUGUUGUUUUCGGGGGUGUCUUUUGCGGACUAUACACUAAACGACGCGAAGGAAAGAUUUGAUAUCGAGGCACAGCAUGACGACGAUGACGACGAUGACGACGAAGAGACGACCGAUGAAGAGGACGAUGACUGAAGGAGAUAGUAAAGAUUUAUCUUGAAGGUGGAUCGAUGUGCAUGUAUCAAAGCGCUCUAAAAUGAGACUAAAAGCUAAAUUAUUCAGGUCGUCGUCUUAUACUCAGUAUGAAAACAGAAGCGAGCAAAAUAUGCCAAGAUGG